UGGGAAAAGCAUUGACCAUGAGGUUGAGCCUGUUAUUGGUUGCCCUAUUUGGGCAUAUCUACUGUCGAGAAACAUUUGUGGGAGAUCAAGUUCUUGAGAUCAUCCCAAGUAAUGAAGAGCAAAUUAAGACUCUGCUGCAAUUGGAGGCUGAAGAGCAUCUUGAGCUUGAUUUUUGGAAAUCCCCCAGCGUCCCCAGGCAGAAAGUCCAUGUCCGAGUCCCUUUUGCCAGCAUCCAAGAUGUCAAAGUUUUCCUGGAGUCCCAGGGGAUUGCUUAUUCCAUCAUGAUCGAAGAUGUUCAAGUUCUGUUGGAUCAAGAGCGUGAAGAAAUGCUGUUCAACCAGCAAAGAGAGCGUGGCACUAACUUCAACUUUGGGGCCUACCAUACCCUGGAAGAGAUUUACCAGGAAAUGGAUAACCUCGUGGCUGAGAACCCUGGUCUAGUGAGCAAAGUGAAUAUCGGUUCAUCUUUUGAAAAUCGGCCCAUGAAUGUGCUCAAGUUCAGCACCGGAGGAGACAAGCCAGCCAUCUGGCUUGAUGCGGGGAUCCACGCUCGAGAGUGGGUUACACAAGCUACUGCACUGUGGACAGCAAAUAAGAUUGCUUCUGAUUAUGGAACUGAUCCAGCCAUCACUUCUCUUCUCAAUACUCUGGAUAUCUUCCUGCUGCCUGUCACAAACCCUGAUGGAUAUGUGUUCUCCCAAACCUCCAAUCGUAUGUGGCGAAAGACCCGGUCUAGACAGUCGGGAAGCUUCUGUGUUGGUGUGGAUCCUAAUCGGAACUGGGAUGCAAAUUUCGGAGGACCUGGAGCCAGUAACAACCCUUGCUCUGAUUCAUACCAUGGACCCAGUCCCAAUUCUGAAGUUGAAGUGAAAUCCGUAGUGGACUUCAUCAAGAGCCACGGGAAAGUCAAAGCAUUCAUUACCCUUCACAGCUAUUCCCAACUGCUCAUGUUCCCCUAUGGCUAUAAAUGUGCCAAGCCAGAUGACUUUAAUGAGCUGGAUGAAGUGGCCCAAAGGGCUGCCCAGUCUUUGAAAAGACUCCAUGGCACCAGUUACAAAGUGGGACCCAUCUGUUCUGUCAUCUACCAGGCCAGUGGCGGAAGCAUCGACUGGGCUUAUGACCUUGGCAUCAAAUACUCAUUUGCCUUUGAACUGAGAGACACAGGCCACUACGGCUUCCUCCUACCAGCCAAGCAGAUCUUGCCCACAGCAGAAGAGACCUGGCUUGGCCUGAAGACCAUCAUGGAGCACGUCCGAGACCACCCCUAUUAGGGACAUGCAGAACAGAUGGAUACCAUUAAAAUCUCUGUGGUGUAA